UGUUUGGGUGAGAAAGUGUAGGGACCCAGCCCCCCGUCAGACGUGUCUUGUGUCGAUGCUGUGGUCACAUGAGUUUACAGCAGACUGCGAGGAUGGAGAACUACAAGCAGUUUCUCUGUGUCUUCACUCUGGCGCUGGCGCUCGGGUUUGUGUCGGUCGCCUUCGCUUUAGCGUGGGUUUUACACUUCCGAGAGGGGCUCGGCUGGGACGGAGGAGCGGCGGAGUUUAACUGGCACCCGCUGUUAAUGGUGAUCGGCUUUAUCUUUCUUCAAGGAAUCGCAAUUGUAGUGUACAGGCUGCCAUGGACCUGGAGGUGCAGCAAGCAGAUGAUGAAGCUUAUCCACGCAGGGCUGCAUGUUCUCGCCUUCAUCUUGGCUGUCAUCUCUGUGGUGGCUGUGUUUGAUUUCCACAAUGCAAAGAACAUUCCCAAUAUGUACAGCCUGCACAGCUGGAUUGGCCUGGCUGCUGUCAUACUCUACCCAGCACAGAUAGUUAUGGGCAUUGCCGUCUAUCUGAUACCUGCAACUCCAGUUUACGUGCGUGCUGCUCUCAUGCCUGUACACAUCUACAGCGGCCUGUUCAUCUUCAUCAGUGUUAUAGCCACAGCUCUCAUGGGCAUCACAGAGAAACUCAUAUUUAGCCUGAAGAGCCCUGCUUAUAAAGACUCUCCACCGGAAGCUGUUUUGGUAAAUGUUCUCGGGCUGCUCAUUGCUGCAUUUGGUGGUCUUGUUCUCUGGAUUGUUACUCGCCCCUCGUGGAAGAGGCCGAGAGAAGAAAUCACACAAGGCGUGAGCAACUACAGCACAAGCCCAGAGGACAUCAAAGUGGGCACUGCCAUGACCUCAAGAACCGAGCAAGAAUCCAGCCUCGAGACACGCAGACGCAAUGGAAAAGCAGAAGAGUCUGGAUAAACAAAGAGUUUUUAAACUUUAAAAAAGGUUUUUGAUCUUAGCUCAUUUAAUCUCAAAGAAAACAGAAGUGUCGUUCCAAACUAUUUUGUGUUAUUUUUAUUUUAAAAGUUAUUCAGAAAAAAAACACUAGGUAUUGCCUUAAAGGGAUAGUUCACCCAAAAAUGAAAAUUCUGUCAUUCUGUCCUUACUACCUUUCUGGGCCUUGAA